UCCAGGAUAGAAAAGAUGCUGGGAGAUAUAGACCCCACAACUGUUCCUGCCAUGCUGAAGGAGUCAGCAGCAGGCCGGUCCAGGAGAAGUCAGGCAGCCGAAGGCCGUCCUCCAUCACAACACCGCCUCCAGUCGGCCCUCUCUCCGUUUGUGGGGAAACCCGCCACCUCUUCCACAUUCCUGCUGCAUGGAGACAGCCCUGCCGUGCUUCAGAUAGCCCCGGAUCGCGCCCAGACGUCCGCCCAGCACCCAUUUCCUCCGUCCGGUCCGGCCCGUACCGUGAGAGCCACCAUGCUGAUGAAGGAGUACCGCAUCUGUAUGCCUCUAACGGUAGAGGAGUACAGGAUAGGACAGCUGUACAUGAUUGCCAAGCACAGCCAGGAGCAGAGCAUGAAGGGGGAGGGGGUGGAGGUGGUACGCAACGAGCCCUGCGAAGACGAGGAGCACGGGAGAGGGCGCUACACGGAGAAGAGGAUUCACCUGUCCAGCCGGCUGCCCAGCUGGAUACGUGCCGUGGUCCCCAGGAUCUUCUACAUCACAGAGCGAGCCUGGAACUUCUACCCACACACCAUCACAGAAUACACGUGUUCCUUUCUGCCAAAGUUCAUCAUACUGAUUGAGACGAAGUACCAAAAUAACAACGGCAGCAGCUGCAAUUGCCUGGGUCUGACAGACGAGGAACUGACCCAGAGAGAGGUGGACUUCAUCGACAUUGCCACAGACGAGAUCCCAGACAAACAGUACCAGGCCAGCGAGGACUGCACAAAAUUCAAAUCGAAGAAGACAAACAGAGGACCUUUGGCAGAGGGUUGGAGGGACUCCCAUGACCCAAUCAUGUGUUCCUAUAAGCUGGUGACAGUGAAGUUUGAGGUGUGGGGACUACAGACCAGAGUCGAGGCAUUUGCCCACAGAGCCAUCAGGGACAUUCUGCUGGUUGGGCAUCGACAGGCCUUUGCUUGGGUGGACGAGUGGUAUGGGAUGGGCAUGGAGGAUGUUCGGGACUUUGAACAACGACUGCAGGAGGAGACUAACCAGAGGGUGUUAGCCACGCCGUCGUCUGAGAACCUCAGCAUGACCACCGCUUCUCCCGGCUCCACGCCCGAGCCCUCGCCGCUGGGCCCCGCCCCGCCCAUGGACUUCCCGCGUAGGAAAUCCUCCGCGGGCUCAGGGACCCCGACCGACGCCCCCAGCACCAGCAAACUGCCCGACCCGCAAUAGCAAGACACAGCCCCACCUGUGUGUAACAACCCACCUGCAGAAAUGCCAGACCCUGCUCCUGUGUUAGGUGUUCCUUUUGUAGCACACACUAGAGAAAUGGCCGGGAAGACAAUCUGAGUAAUCAUAGCUGACGCUGAAGGUAUAGUCUGCCGUAGGACUGCAAUGGACACACUAGCUUACUAGUCUGCGGACGCUGAAAAAGUUUUUAUCUAACUUCUCAUGUGUUCUUCUCAGAACCACAAGUACCUGUGGCUCUAAAAUGCAUACUAUCACUCUUGUACACGUAGUACAAGGUUUUGAAAUAAAGAAAAUUAAGUACACCAUACAGUACAUACCUUCUCUGAUAGUAUGGCCUGACACGUUGAUUUUUACUGUGGUGCCUUCUUGUGUCCUAUGGCAGAUAGACACUCAAUGUAAGCAUAAUUUACCUACUUAGGGUUCCAAAGUGUUUAAAAGAAGUUCAGUGUCAGGAAAGAAUAGUUUGGAUGUAGAGAUUUUGUACAGAACCACGUAUUUGUUACAGCCAAAUAAGGCCGUGAGAGAAGUUAUGUUGUAUAUGUUUAUGUAUAGAACCGACCUUUGUACAUACAAGAAAUGUGCACCGUUUCUAGAUGUAAUACACUGUGUAAUGUGAAUGUACAAAACAUGUAUCUGUGUUGUGCAGUAUUUACAACAUGACAAAAACAUCAACCACCGCAAUUUACAUGUAGUUUCACCCGCCUCUGUGCAAUGAUUCGUUUUCAGUCAGUGAAAUGAAUCUUCCUCAUAUUGUGCAUGCAGGGCUCAUAACUCAUAAUCUUUGCUCUCAACUUUUAUUAUGAAAUGAUGUAUUUAUGAAGAUUAGACAUCCAGGUAGAAUAUUACACACUUACAUUUGUAUCCAGAUCCAUUUGCUUGAUUUUGUAUCAUGUAUUUCAGAAUGAAUUCAUGCCAAAGUUUUAUAGACUCAAACAAGAUGUUUGUUUUGCAGUUGAAUGAUUCAUAAGAAGUGAUGCCAAGUGUAACAACCAGUAUUCAAAGCAACCAGUAUUGUAACCACAAAUGUAUCACUCAGUGGUGUAAUACUUCUCAUGACAGAUAGGGGGAGCCACUUAACAAGUUGCACCUUGAAAUAGAAAGUGUAUGUAUGUACAUUGUGAAUGUUAGGCCUCAGAACAAAGUGAGAUUUUAAGUUUGGGUUGAAACAAUCAAAGGUAACUGUUAGUUGUUACCAGAUUUCAGUCUGUGCCUGUUGAUGAGGUUGUUGUUGGCCUUUUAUCGCAAUGUUUUUUUAGUUUUUGUCAGCAUGACACAUGUACAACUGUAUACCAUACUUAGCAGGUAUGUAAACCCUGUAACUAUGACAUAGUUUUGGAUAUAUCAAGCCAGGAGGGCUUAACAUUGCAAAGGUCAUUGGUACAUUGACUCCAGUAUGAACAUCCAUUCAGUCACUGCAUACACAAAGAUUGUAUUCUGACUCAGGCAUAUUUGUUGAAAACAAUUUUGAGAAACAAGAAUUGUACUUACAACAGUUCAGCCAACUUCAGUGUGUUGGGAUUGAGUCCCUUGGAGCCUGUUGGAUGUACUUUUGGUGCACUCAUGUUAGGAUUGACCAGGCCACCUACUCUCUUCUGGGUAUCAGUUGAACAUGCAAUGCAUUUUGGUGUCUCAGAUAUUUAAAUACUCCCUCAGUUGCAAAUUAAGGCAGGUGUGCUUGGGAAAUUGCAAUUGGAGUAGAGGUUAUGUGGGUAUUGUCCAUGUCAUUGAUUGGUUUGACAUGACCAUGCCAAGUUCCUAUCUGCAAUUUCAGCUGGUUAGUGACAUACAUGUACAGUAAAUGUUACAAGAACAAAACGAGGGCAGUUUUAACUUUUAACCUUAGCCAAACAGUUACUUCAGUGUGCUAAAGGUUUAGUCACACGAUGUAGGGCCCCAUCCUUCCCACUGCAGCGACACAUAGCUACAGAAGUAGAACUGGAGUUAGGCCCAAUUCACACGGGGCAAAAAUAGUGUGCGGUGCGUCUUGUGCAACAGAUUUUGUGAGCGUGAAGUUUCUUGUGGCACAUCCAGGGGCGCCAUAGGAAAAUGCCGCCACGCGUCGGACUUGUUUACAUGCGUAAAAAAAUCUGCCACACGUCGUUUGACGCAGGAGAAAUAAUGUUUUUGCUCCGUGUAAAUCAGGCCUUAGUACUGCCCUGAGGAAGGCGACAGAUGGUCCACUGAAACAUGGGCCGAAAAAAACCUUUGGUUGGACUUUGUUAACCACAUUUUGGCCAUGUUUGGCAUGGUGUCAUUGGACACGGGAACUUUGUGUCACACUGCUGGUGACAUACAGGGUACAUUUGUUUGUUUUCAUGAAAGUGGUUAACAGUCUGUGACCUAGCAAUAUGUAGUCAAAGAUGUGUUGGUAUUGAUUGAUUGUAUACUAUGAUAGGGAAUAAAGCAAUAUCUGUUAGUUGCCAUAAAUUUUUGUUCUGGUCAAAGUAGUGAAUUUUAGUACAGUGGCCAAAUCACUUGGUUUAUCAUGUAUGGGGAUGUGUGUGUACCUCAGUCAUUGUCUUCUCAAUGUUUGCUGGAAGUUUAAAUGCUUUAUUUCCUGGCUAGAAACUGGUUGACAGUACCGGUUAAGUUUGUUUAUUCAGUUCUAAUCUCACCACAUCCCCAGGUUAAGAAGCCCAAGCCACAUCUGAAUAACGAAUGCCCCACCGACAUGGCUAGCUACUUUGUACCAUACUGAUGUUCAUGUUGUAAAAAGUGUACAAUACUGGAGUGUACAGAAUCAUAUGGCUACUCCAGUACUUACAAUUCAAUAUUCUCAUGUAUAGCAACCCAAGAUGACAAAAUAUACAUGUAAACCCA